AUGGCGAACCACCGCGCCACCGCCGCCCUCCUCCUGCUUGCGUCCCUCUUCGUGGCGGUCGCCAUCUCAAGGGCCGACGCGAGGCUCACCAUGCGUCCCAACAAGAUGGCGACGCUUGGUCACAACGCACAUGGACGAGGUUACAUAGCGGAUGCUGUGGCGUCACGUCAGCCGGAGCCGACCUGCGAUGAUUGUGAGCAGCCAAAGCCAGAGCCAGAGCCAAAGCCGGAGCCAAAGCCAGACCCAGAGCCAGAACCGGAGCCAAAGCCGAAGCCGGAGCCGGAGCCAGAGCCAAAGUCGGAGCUGACCUGUAACAAGGUGCAUGGGGUGCAGGCGGGCGAGACGUGCUGUUCCAUCGGCGAAGGCGCGGGGCUGACCCAGGACCAGUUCCUCGGCUUCAACCCCAACCUCUGCUGCGAUAAGGUGUUCGUCGGCCAGUGGGUUUGUCUUGAAGCCACAUCCGGAACCGGCGCCGCCGGCAGCUACUCUUGGUUAAGCUUCCGAUUCAAUACCAUCGGCGCCGCCGACAGUGGUAUCAAAGCCUACGAUCUCCGGCCGCUUCCAGCGCUGGAGCCCCAUCCCGCGUCCCACCCCCACUACACUCGCCUCCAGCGAAACAGGGGUGCCAUGGAUCCGGUGGUUCGACAGAUGUUCGACGAGUUGCUCGAGCGCUUCGAUGCUGUGCGCACCGAGCUCGACGGCUUCGGGUCUCGCCUCGAUCAGCGCUUCGCCGAUUCGGAGGCAGUCCGCACUCAGCGUGCUGCUGUUGUCGACGGCCGCCUCGAAUCCCUGGAGCGCUUCGCCUCCGACCAGUACACCGCCGCCAUCGUCGCCGACAACUGGGGCGGCCACUUCUCCGAGCGCGUCGCCGACCUGGAGGAGCGCGUUCGCAACCUCGAGCUGGUCCGCUACGUCGAGAUCCAGGAUGAGCGCGACGAGCGCGUUGCGGUGCUCGAGACGGCGAACGAAGCGAUUGAAGCCUGGCGUCCACGGAUCGAGAGCUCCCUCUUCACCGUCCGCUCCGAGGUGGAUCGCCUCGCCAGGCUCUGGGACGGAUCUGCCGCUGCGCCAACCAACGGCCAUCCUCGGCCGGCGGCGCAGCAUGAGUUGGUCGCCGGGCGCGCCUCUGCCGGAUCUCCGACCGACUGGCCCAGGGGGCACGGCGCGAGUUCGACUACACGGGAGUCGGGGCAUGGACCGAUCGUGGCCAUGGCCCCGUUCCCGGCCAAUGUCUGGGUUCGGGUUGCCACACACCACUUUACCCACGCUGCUGCUCGUUGGCUCCAAUCUGUGGAGGCUGAGGUUCGGAACAUCUCUUGGGAGUCCUUUUCGUCGCUCAUCCUCGAGCGAUUCAGCCGCGAUCAGCACGAGUUGCUGUUACGCCAGCUCUUUCAUAUCAAACACUCCACCUCGGUUUCAGACUACAUUGAGAAAUUCACAGACCUUUACGAGCAGCUCAAAGCCUAUAACCCCAACCCUGACAAGCUUUACUUCACCACUCGAUUUAUUGAUGGGUUGCGUCCGGACAUUCGUUCUGUUGUUUUGGUUGCUCGUCCACAAGACCUCGAUUCUGCCUGCUCCAUUGCGUUGUUGCAGGAAGAAGCCCUGGACCCUGGUCCACGACGGGAGUACAAGCGUUCUGAGGGCUCCGUGUUUGCUCGUCACGCAACGAUCAAGGGGGCGCUUCCUCUACCACCCCCUCCUCGACAAAAUCCUGACCCGCCACCCGCUGGUCGCCCGGGCGAGAACAAGGUGCUGCAUCCCCGAGCUUCGCCGGUCGAAGACAGGCUCUCGUCCCUUCGCGCGUACCGCAAGGCGUGCGGCUUAUGUGUCCGUUGCGGUGAGAAGUGGACACCGGGACACCGAUGUGCUGCCGUUCCCCAGCUUCACGCUCUCCAGGAGGUUUGGGACCUCUGUCAGAGUGAAUUCGUCGAAGAAGGUGAGACCUCUGAACCAGUUGAGCAUGAAUCAGGGCAGUUGAACUUGUUGUUGUCCUCUGCGGCAGUUUCAGCUGGGGACUCCUUGCGCACUAUGCAGUUCUUGGGGUAUAUUGGUGGUCGCCCAGUUUCAUUGCUAGUUGACUCUGGCAGCAGCCACUCCUUUCUUCAUUCUGAGAUCGCCAGCAGUCUAUCUGGGUCUAGGAAGCUGAGUUCUCCUUUGUCAGUUCGUGUUGCUGAUGGGUCUGUCAUUCAGUGUUCUUCAGAGCUGCCGGAUGUUGAGUGGUCAGUGCAGGGCUAUCGUUUUCACUCUACCCUGAGGGUCUUACCCCUUGGCUGUUACGACAUGAUCAUAGGGAUGGACUGGCUUGAAGCAUUUUCUCCAAUGAAAGUUCAUUGGCUUGAGAAAUGGAUGUCAAUUCCAUAUGGCAAUACUAAUGUUUUGCUACACGGCCAGCAGUCUGUGGGUGGUCCACCUGUGUUGUGUCAGCUCUUUCAGUUGGCAGAACUUGCUGUUGGUCAGUCAGCUCCAGUUCUGCCAGCCCCGGUCCAGGAUCUGUCCGAGCCGUCCGAGUUGCCUCCGCGUCGCGCUUGCGACCAUACUAUUCCACUGGUCCCGGGCGCCUCUCCUGUGGCUAUCAGACAGUACCGCUAUGCCCCUAAGCUCAAAGAUGAAAUUGAACAGCAAGUCUCGGACAUGUUGCAGUCCGGCAUGAUUCGGCCCAGUACAAGUCCCUUUUCCUCCCCAGUGCUCCUCGUACGCAAAAAGGACGGCUCCUGGAGGUUCUGUGUUGACUACAGGAUGCUGAACGCCCUCACUAUCAAGGCCAAGUUCCCAAUCCCAGUGGUGGAUGAGUUAUUGGAUGAGCUCGCUAAUGCUCGCUGGUUUUCUUGUUUGGACCUACGGGCCGGAUUCAACCAGAUACGGCUUGCUGAAGGUGAAGAGUACAAAACAGCCUUCCAAACACAUUGGGGGCAGUUUGAAUUCAAUGUCAUGUCCUUCGGAUUGACUGGAGCUCCAAAUUCUUUUCAAGGCGCCAUGAACAGUACUCUUAAACCGGUGCUCCGGAGGUGUGCCCUGGUAUUCUUUGAUGACAUAUUAGUAUAUAGCCCUACUCUGGUGGCUCAUAUUGACCAUCUCCGUCAAGUCCUGCAACUUCUGUCCAAUGACCAGUGGCGCCUCAAGCGCAGUAAAUGCCGCUUCGCUCAGACUUCCAUCAGCUACCUCGGACAUGUCAUCAGUUCCGCAGGGGUCGCGACUGAUCCCAGCAAGAUUUCAGAUGUUCAAAAUUGGCCAGUUCCCCAGGAUCUCAAACAGCUCCGCAGUUUCUUAGGGCUUGCUGGUUACUAUAGGAAGUUUGUGCAGAAUUUUGCAGUCAUCGCGAGGCCGUUGACUGAUCUUCUCAAGAAAGGCACCCUGUUCGUUUGGUCUUCUUCUCACUCUAGUGCCUUUGACGCACUGAAAGCUGCACUGGUUUCUGCUCCGGUCCUCGCCCUUCCGGACUUCUCCAAACCAUUCCAGAUUCAGACCGACGCUUGUGACACAGGAGUUGGCGCGGUUCUAAUGCAAGAUAAUCACCCGUUGGCGUUUGUCAGCAAGGCUUUGGGUCCUCGGUCUCGUGGGCUAUCCACUUAUGAAAAGGAAUACCUGGCAAUAUUGGUGGCUGUUGAUCAGUGGCGCUCCUACCUUCAGCACGCCGAGUUCACCAUUUUCACGGACCAACGAAGCCUGAUGCAUAUAUCCGACCAGCGACUUCAUACACCGUGGCAGAUGAAGAUGUACACUAAGCUGAUUGGCCUUCAGUACCGCGUUGUUUAUAAACCUGGCACGUCAAAUGCUGCAGCCGAUGCUCUCUCUCGCCACCCAUCACCGUCUGGUCACUUGCUUGCAAUCUCCUCUGCAGUUCCGGACUGGCUCGCCGAGGUCGCGGCGGGAUACUCUUCUGACCCGGCAGCAACAAGGCUAAUUCAGGAGCUCUCACUGAACCCCAGUGCUCAUCCACCAUUCUCGUUACAUUCUGGUGUUCUCCGUCACAAGGGUCGCAUCUGGUUGGGUCAGAACGCUCCAGUUCAGCUGAAAGUCAUUGAAGCGCUGCAUAACAGCGCCGUGGGUGGCCAUUCAGGUUUUCCAGUCACGUUCGGUCGCAUCAAACAGCUGUUCUACUGGCCGGGAAUGAAGUCUGCCGUCCGGUCCUUUGUCGCUUCUUGUUCGGUGUGUCAGCAGGCAAAGUCCGACCACUCCAAGUAUCCCGGCUUAUUGCUGCCUCUUCCAGUACCAACAGAAUCUUGGCAGGUAAUCUCCAUGGAUUUCAUUGAAGGUUUACCUACCUCUGGCCAUGCUAACUGCAUUUUAGUGGUGGUUGAUAAGUUCAGCAAAUUCGCCCAUUUUGUUCCUCUUCAUCAUCUGUUCACUGCUGCUAAGGUUGCUCAGUCCUUUCUGGAUUCUGUUUACCGCCUCCACGGCAUGCCAUCUCACAUUAUUUCAGACCGCGAUCCGAUUUUCACAAGCUUGUUUUGGAAGGAGCUAUUUAAGUUGGCACAAGUUGAGCUUUGCAUGUCUUCGGCCUAUCAUCCUCAAUCGGAUGGCCAGACGGAAAGGGUGAAUCAGUGCCUCGAGACUUAUCUGCGAUGUUUUGUGCACUCUUGCCCGCGCUCAUGGCUGAAGUGGCUGACUCUUGCUGAAUAUUGGUACAAUACUUGUCAUCAUUCGGCGCUGGGCAAGUCCCCCUUCGAGGUAUUGUACGGUCGCCUUCCCCGUCACUUUGGAAUUACUGACAUUUCUGUGUCCCCUGUGCCGGAUGUGGCUUCUAAAUUGGCUGAGCGCAACACCAUGCUCGCUGCUGUGCGUCAACACCUCCUUCGUGCUCAGCAACGAAUGAAGGCUCAUGCUGACAAGCGACGGUCCGAACGUUCCUUCAGUGUGGGCGACUUCGUCUACCUCCGCCUGCAGCCCUAUGUUCAGUCGUCGUUGGCACCACGCGCCCACCACAAGCUGUGCUUCAAGUUCUUCGGGCCUUACGAGAUCAUUGAGAAGAUCAAUCCCGUUGCUUACAAGCUAAAGCUGCCGGAAGAGUCUUCUAUCCACCCGGUAUUCCAUGUCUCCAUGCUCAAGCCAGCUUCAGCGCGGCCUUCGUCGGUGUCUGCCACUCUACCGGAUACCGAUGACUCCAUCCAAGUGCCCGAGAAGAUUUUGCAACGCCGCCUGCAUCACCAAGGUGCUCGUGUCGUUCCACAGUUACUGGUCAAGUGGUCCGGCAUGGAAGAUAGUCUGGCCACCUGGGAAGACGAAGUCGCUCUGCUCCAACGCUUUCCAGGUGCGCCGGCAUGGGGACAUGCCGCCUCCCAAGGAGGGGGGGAUGUCAGCACCCCUCAUCCAGGAGACCCUGCAGCAGCCCCCAAGCCCAGGAAGUCGACAAGGCCCAAGUCCAAGAGCGUCCGCCUCGCUGGCCCCGAAUGGGCUUGUAACGCAUGCUGUGCGCGGCCCAGCAAGUGA